UCUCUCUCUCUCUAUCGCGUUCCGACUUUUGACCGUUGACUUCCAUGACGUCUCACAUUGACCGCUGACGGUACCUCCUAUCUUCUUCCCCAUCGCUUCCACCUCCCUCCCCUCUGCCAUCCCAAAAGACUUCCACCUCUCUCCCUCCCUCCCUCUCCUCCUCUCUCUCUCUCAUUCACACGCACAUAAAAACACACACAUGGCGUGCCGGGUCUUCUUGGUCUCCUUCCUUCUUCUCCUUGCUGCGUCUCCGGCCAUCUCCACCAACUCCGAAGGAGCGGUGCUGCGAGCGCUGAAGGCGAGGCUCUCCGACCCGAGCAACGUGCUCCAGAGCUGGGACGCCUCCCUCGUCAACCCCUGCACCUGGUUCCAUGUCACCUGCGACGCUCACAACCGCGUCAUCCGCCUGGAUUUGGGCAAUUCCAACGUCUCUGGUCCUUUGGCUCCCGAGCUCGGCCACCUCCAGGACCUCCAGUAUCUGGAGCUCUACGGGAACAACUUCGAAGGGAGGAUCCCUGAAGAAUUGGGCAAUUUGAAGAGCCUCAUCAGCAUGGAUUUGUAUGGAAACCGAUUGGAGGGAGGAAUUCCCAAGUCCUUUGCCAAGUUGAAGUCGCUCCGAUUCCUGCGUCUGAACAACAAUAAGCUUUCAGGAUCCAUUCCGAGAGAGCUUGUGACGCUCUCCAACCUAAAAAUCUUUGAUGUUUCCAACAACGAUCUUUGUGGAACCAUUCCAAUUGAUGGCCCAUUUGCCACUUUCCCCCUCCAAAGUUUCGACAACAACAGCAGACUCAAUGGACCAGAGCUGCAAGGACUAGUCCCUUACGAUUUUGGAUGUUGAAUGCAACAUGAUCUACCUCCCCUAAAGAGGCAUUUGGAGUGUUGAAUGAAUUCUUAUACUUGCGCUGCCAGCGAGGAAGCUAUUGUAGAAGUUAUUAAAUGCCAUAAGGCAGAUGUUGCUUUUUUUAACGUGUUUACCUUUACCUAGCAACAUUAUCAACGAACAGUUAAAGAUGGCAAUAAGAUCGAUGAGCUUAUAUUUUGCUGAA